GCUGCAGCUAACUCGGGUCGGGAAAAUGCGACAGCGACUGCCCACUCGAGGUCGUCAUGGCGACAGCCAGUGAACGUGUUCCUCUCCUCGGGCAGGCCCCCGAGUGUAGAGGAGCUGCUUCGCGAGGCGCAGUUCAAUCUCCAGAGCCUGUUGCAAGAGGAAUAUGAGGAACAGUACUCGGAGGCCAGACUGCUGGGGCAGACCUUCCGCUCUGCCGAUGAGGCCCCUGAGCCCACCCCCAGCCCAAGGCCCCAGUCGGCCAGGCGUCUGGAGUUUGUACUGAUGCCUAGAAAACAGCAGCUGAGCGAGGAUGAGACCACCACGCAGGGCGUGAGGGCCCCCGAGGCCUCCCUGAGCCUGUCUACCACAGCCGACAAGCAAGCUGCCUGGGAUAGCCCCUCCCCUCUGCCCACCCUAGACGAGAAGCGGUGGCUUCAGCCUUGUUCCACGCACUCUGACAUUGUGCCCAUCAACAUCUCUGGGCAGCAGUUUGAUAAGCACGCAAGUUUGCGACACUCACUGUUUAAUACAGAGACAGCCGUGAACCCCAAGUCCACCCUGAGGCGGAGGAGGACCAUUAUUGGAUUCUCUAACUUUUCCCAGCGAGACCAAGGUCACAGCGACAGCCCCACCGACAGGGUGGCCCGCUCUGCCAGCUCAGACAUCAGGCCCAGUCAUUCCGUCCCAGAAGGUGUUUAUGGAAGAGUAGCGGUCGGUCAGGAAGCUCGGCUCCCAAAUCUCACCUCACCAGUCCUGAGAGGCCCUUCUAGUGAUCCCGGCAAACCUGUGCAGGUGUGUCCUGGCCCCCAGCCUCCUGGCAUGGAGAGCAUGGGAAUGGUGUAUAGCGUCCCCGGUUCUUGCAACGGACCGACCGAAUCAACUUUCUCUGCUUCCUGGAAGGGAGACGCUUUUACCUACAUGACUCCAAGUGCCACCAGUCAGAGUGACCAAGUCAAUGAAAAUGGAAAAAAUCCUUCCUCUGGGAAUUCGUGGGUCUCUGCGCACACACUGCCACCACUGGUUCCUAAGGAAGCCACUACCCUCUUUGUCACUCGUGAUAACCCAGCAGGAUGCAGUGGGCCAGCUGGCUACUCUGAGCACCCUACGCAACGAAGGCGAGCAUCAGAGCGACCCUUCAAGACUGGCUUUCUGACUGCUGCUGCCUCCAGGCUGGAGACGGGCCCCGGCGGGACCGGCAGGUUCCGAGAGCGGUCACUGUCUGUGCCCACAGACGCAGGCACCACAGAUGUGGACUACGGCGAGGAGCAGAAGGCCAGCGAAGCCUGCGCCCUGCCUUAUGCCAGCGCAAGUUCUGAGGGCAGUAACAGUGCUCACGACAGUGCGUCCCUUAGUGCCCAGUGGGAGGCGCAGCACAGAAGGCAGAGAUCCAGGAGCAUCUCGCUCAGGAAGGCCAAAAAGAAGCCUUCCCCGCCAACGCGCAGUGUCUCGCUGCUCAAAGAUGAACCGGGCGUCCUCCCAGAAGGUGGGUCACCACUACCCAAGGACCAGAGGCCCCGGAGCCUCUGCCUGUCUUUGGAACACCAAGGACAUCGCUCACCCCAGGGUCACCCAGCUGUGCCAACCUUCAAAGAUCCAGAAGGUACACAAUUCUCUCACCACUGGUAUCUUACUGACUGGAAGUCUGGUGACACCUACCAAUCCUUGUCCAGCUCUAGCACUGCCACUGGCACCACAGUCAUUGAGUGUGCCCAAGUUCAGGGCAGCUCAGAGUCUCUUGCCUCCCCUUCCACCUCCAGAGCCACCACGCCUUCCCAGCUGUCCAUCGAGGUAGAGGCCAGGGAGGUGCCCUCCCCGGGGCGGCUCACCGGGCUGAUGUCACCCUCCAGUGGCUACUCCAGCCAGUCGGAGACACCAACACCCACUGUCUCCAUGUCCUUAACCUUGGGCCACUUGCCCCCUCCAAGUGGCAGUGUCCGGGUACGUCCAGUGGUACCCGAGAGGAAGUCCUCAUUACCUCCAACAUCACCAAUGGAGAAAAUUUCCAAGUCACGACUAUCAUUUGACCUACCACUGACCUCUUCGACCCACCUGGAUCUGUCUGGGAUGAGUAUCUCCAUCCGAAGCAAAACCAAGGUGAGCCGGCAUCACUCAGAUACAAAUUUUGGGGCCAAGCUGGCUCAGAAAACAAGCCCCAAUCAGCCAGUCAUGCCCAUGGUUACUCAGUCUGACCUACGUUCUGUUCGCCUGCGGUCAGUCAGUAAGUCUGAGCCAGAGGAUGAUGUGGAAAGCCCUGACUAUGCCGAGGAACUGGGAGCAGAGGGCUUCGCCUUGCCGGAAAGAAGGAUGAAACCUCCCGUGGCUGAGAAACCCUUGCUGGCCCGGAAGCCUCCAGGCAUGGUCCACAAGCCACCAUCUGUCCCCGAGGAGGACCCACUAACUGCACCUACAUUGGCUAUGACCCCUAAGAGCUCGAGUCAGCACGUGAGGCCACUCCCUGCGGACAUGUGCAUGGCAGCGUGGAAGCCGAAGUCCUCCAGCUUCCCAGAGGCCCGGAGUCCAGGCGAGUCGACGGCGCCCCCAUCUCUAGUUCUGCCCCCUUUUGCCAGUUCUUCCGGUGCUCUCUUCUCGGGAACGCAGCAGGGACGUCUGCAGGGAGGUCUGGAGGACGAGGGCCCCAGGGCGAGAGCCCUGCCUGAAAGAAUGAGCCUGCAGAGCCAGGACGAAGCCAGGAAGAAGAAGGGCAAGAUUCCACCUCCUGUCCCCAAAAAGCCCAGCCUGCUGCACCUGCCUCUCACCUCAGCCGCCGCUCCCAUGGAGGCCUACGUGGCCGAACCGAGGCUGCCUCUCGGCCCCAUCGUCACCCUGGAGGAAGAUGCCAAGGGUCCGCGCACUGGCGGGCAGGUGCCAUCACCUGGUACGAGGAUGACUUCGACACCACAGGCUGACAGUGAAAGAGAGGCCAGCCCUACAGGGCGUUCUGUGGAACCAGGCGCCGAAGAAAAAAGUGUGAUCAGCGAUAAAACAGCCGAAUGGAUUGCGGAAGAAGACGAUGAUGUGUUUGUGGCUGCACGUACAACUGAAGAUUUAUUUACCGUGAUACACAGGUCCAAGAGAAAGCUGCUCGGCUGGAAGGAGCCCAGCGAAGCCUUUGCCGGAGGCAGCAGACCGAGCUCCCUGUCACCAAUAAGGAACACAGCUGAUUCACCAGUCAGUGAGUCGGCUGCCUCCGCAGGGUCAAGCGGCAAUGCCAGCCUAGAUGCUGGCAGAAACGAUGACUUCAAGGCCUUGUUACAGAAGAAAGGAAGUAAGGCAACUCCGAGGCCCCGCCCCUCAGCGGCCGAACUGCUAAAGACCACUAACCCACUGGCUCGGAGAAUCAUCGCACAGUUUUCAAAAGACUAUGACACCACCGAUAGCGCCAGUACCUAAGCCCUGGGUUGAGCAAGCACGGUCUAGUUACUAAGCUUGAGUAGAGAAGGGGGAAGGGAAAGGGUUUGAAAAAGAAACCAUGGAAAUAACAAAGGAACCUCCAUUUCUUGUCCAUUAACUCGCACUCCGGACAGCAGGAGAGAGACCACUUUAUCUAGAACUGAAAUCAUCGGGCACUUUAAUCAUCCUCAGACGUUUUACGUUUUCAUACCUAAAAUCUUGCCAUUACCGACUCUGAUUUUCUCCUCAUUUCCCCCGGUGGUGUGUGCCAAGAAGAAAUUCUCAGAUGCAAGGGCACAGGUGCCAUCUUUUCAAUCAAUGACCCUGCUGCUCCAUCCCUGGCUCCUGUCACCGAGGGGCACAGUGGGAGAGCAGAUCGGGGGCUGCCAAAGCCGGGGGCAUAGGGAGCCAUUGCUGAUGAUUCACUUUCCUGGCGAGGCCUUGAUGCCCUGUGUGGAGAAACAGAAAGAGUCUGAUGCCUCUUCAACCACGGUGUAAGUCUCCCCGCAAGAGGUUUGCAGGUGUGCACUUAUUUCGGCAUGGGGUUGAUUGGAUGGCUUUUGUCGUGCAAACUGUGAAUGUGACUCUGUCCUGAAUUUCAUGCCUUUCUCAAUUUGAUUGUCUACACGGAGAUCAGGGUGAUGAGUUUCAAUAACAUGCAGACCCUUCCCCCCACCUCUUAGCUAGAAAGGGUCAGGACUGGGUUGCUUUGGAUGAACCAUGCUCGGCCAACAAACGAGGUGGCCAUUGUUGGCUCCAAUCUGUCUGAGGUGACUCGCACGAGCGCCUUGAGAUCCUUCAAGUGUCUGUCAACAAUAAUAGCUAGGAUCUAUGCCCAGCUUAUGCUGCAUUCUAAGAACUGUCACUUCAUUUGCAUAGAGUAUUCAUUACAGGAGGUACUUAGCUGAAGGAACCUGCAUCAUCAAAGGCUCAAGGAGGAGAGAAAGUAACUGUAACUUGCCCACCACCGUUCAGUUCAGAUUGUGGUUUGUGGUUGCUUUUGUUUUGUUUAAAGCAAGUUUUACUUUGGUCCAAAACAGAACAUAUAGACUAAAAGGAUACACAUGGAGUCUAAAAGGCAGCCUCGCACAUUGCUAUGGCCCAUAACAUAAAAAAAGGGCUACUUUUUGCCAUUUAGGGUCUGCUGUUUGACGGACUUUCGGUUAACCAUGUCGCGGGAAAGUGUAAGGAUGCCGACGGAGCCCCCAGCAGUCAUGGCGACCUCUCCUCUCCCAACCCCAAGUUUAUAGUCUCUAUUCUCGUCAGUUCAAUUGUCUAAGCAAAGCAAGAGCAGUGAUCCAUUUGAUUUUCAUGUGUCUGGUUUCCGGGAGGUGGGCGGAAAACGGACAAAGCAUUGCACAAAGAAAACUGGCCAACCAAUUACGGAAGGUUAAUUGUCCACCAUUCCCAAGAGGACAAAGGAAGUCAAAUGAAAAGGUGCUUCACAAAGACACCUUCCUCCUUUACCCCACCCCACCCAUCGGAUUCACUGGUCACCCUCCCAGAGGAUGCAGAACCCCCCACCCUCCAGAGACAAGCAGAUCUUGAUUUUGAUAGGUCACAUUGCUCACCAAUGAGAAACAAGUUCUUAGCUCAACUGCCCACACUCCAGUAGACGGAACAGCCGAAAGACCACACUGAGUGCCAAGAAGACGGGCCUCGGCCCUCGCUUGGUACAGCUCUGAUUUCCAGACUUCUGAGUACAGGGCAGGCCCACCAAUUCCCUUGCAACCGGCACUUCCCCCUGAUUUAGAGAGAAGCCACUUAAAAUACUAAAUAAUAAAAGCCCAGUUGCUUUGGAAAACAUUCAAACUGUUUGCUUUGAAGGUCCUGAGCAAAUUGCAGGGCCAUUGCAUGAAAUAAAAUAGAUUCAUUCCAGGCCUUCAUUUAUAUACGAAUGCCCACUUGUCUGCCCCAGACUCAGAAUUCUAACACAUGGAGAGAUUUUGCCCUGUAGGGACGCGGAGUGUUUGUGCUUUUGCCUAACGAUGGUGAAGGGUGGCCAGGGCUUUCUCCUUGGGAACCAUUAUGAAUAUUUGAACUCUAAAGCCAAUUAUGAGACUUGCAUAGUAUAGGACUUGUUACUUCUGGAAGCUUCUUGUUUGCUACUUCUAGUGGGUUUUGCCUCUCCCUUCACCUUGCUACCUCUGGUGGUCCUUCCAAAAGAUUCUGAGUUGAAUGCUCAGACAGACACCUUGACGUUUUCAAUUACCUUGAGUCUUGCUUUCCUACUCUGUAUGCCUGGAAUUUUUAGAGCGCCUUCUACAUCGUCAGUAUGGCCCUCGAAUACGCAGAGGUGUUCCCGUUAGCACAAGAGGAUUUGGGGCAGAGAUCGUAUGGUCAGAGGUAACACUGAGGACUAGAAAGAUCCAGUUAAUAUUUUGUACCAGGUGGACCUAGCGGCAGACGAAAAACCAACUCUACAAUUUCUAGCAAUCAUCGCUGAACAUAACACUGAGCAUCUUUCGUACUCCUAAGUUGCAACCUCCAUCCUCCCCUUGAUUAUCAUAACACCAACUCUCUCUCCCACCCAGGCACAUACCACAGCGUUUGCUGGCUUCUGCACCUACUCUGCCGAGACUGGAGAAGAGAGGCUGAAGGCCCCUCCAGGAAGGCUUUCAGAGAACCCACUACUGCCACUAUUA